AUGGCCACGUGCCUUGCAUUGGUGCUGGUGCUGCUCUCUCCCGGGCUCAGCACCUGGGCAUCAUCAGCCCCCCUGGCGCAGCCCCGGAUGCCAGUGUUCCAAGGCUGCAAGCACACAUUCAACGUGUCGGUGCUGGGAGCGCUCCCGGGAGGGGGCUGGGACAAUCUUCGCAACGUGGAACUGGGGCUGGUACUGCAGCGGGACUACUCGCAGUGCAGGACCACGGAGGACGGCGAGUACCUCAUCCCCGACGACGUGCACUUGGUGACGCGGCGGGAAAGCGUGGUAGAGACUCGCGCUGAGCUCAUCGACCGCUGGGUCGACUACACCGACGCCUGGGCCGCCUCCAUCAACACCGAAGUCUCCUUCUUGUCCGCCCUCAACGGCAAGUUUUCCCUGGACUCCGAGAACGUCAAGAAGUACGACCUGGAGUACCAGACGGUCACCACGAGGGUGCAGGUGCGACACAGCGUCUACUCGGUGAAGUCCCCGGAGACCCCCACCUUCCACCCCGACUUCCGAGAGCAGCUGCUGAUCCUCAGCGACUAUCUGGACAGCAACCGGAGCCUCGAGGCCCAGUACCUGGCCGAGAUGCUCGUGCGCAACUACGGCACGCACGUGCUCACCGACGUGGAGGCCGGGGCCACGCUGGUGCAGGAGGACCAGGUGAGGCGGGAGCUGGCGGAGAGUCAGGCCCAGGAGAAGAUUAACAUCACCCUCGCGGCCUCGGUGCUGUUCUUCCAAAAGCUUGGCAUCGGCGCCUCGGUCUCCGGCCAGGUGGACGAGCGGCUCCUCCGGAACUACGUGCAGAACACGGUGGGCUCGCAGCUGCGCAGCCACGGCGGCAUGCCCGUGGCCCCGGGCCUGACCCUGCAGAAGUGGCAGGAGAGCAUCGGCAACCGCCUGGUGACCAUCGGCCGGGCUGGCCUGCCGCUGCCCGACCUGCUGCAGCCGGACGCGCUCCCGGAGCUGCCGCCGCCGUCGGUGGAGCGCUUGGAGGCGGCGGUGCGCAACGCCAUCCACCGCUACUACGCCGUCAACGCGCACCCAGGCUGCGUGGAGCGCGAGGAGCCCGCCUUCAACCCCCAGGCCAACGUGGACGACGGCUCGUGCGCCCACGCCCGCGGCGCCAACUUCAGCUUCGGAGGCUUCUUCCAGGAGUGCGAGGUGCUGAGCGGGGCGGACGCCGAGCGCUUCUGCCAGGCGCAUCACACCCCGAAUCCCCUCACCGGGAACUCCUCUUGCCCCGCCGAGUACCAAGCCUUCAGCCUGUACCGCGGCCUCAAGACCUGGAGCGCGCCCCGGCAGGUGUGCAAGAAGAAAUGCAGCAAGUGCUGGCUCUUCUUCCAGUGCUGCCAGGACGUGUGCAGCCCCGAGGACCAGAGCAACAGCGCGCAUCUCGCCGCCUCCUGGUGCGUGCCCCCCGAGUUGGCCUCCCCGCCUCCCCUCUCUGGCUUCCUCUUCGGAGGCCUCUAUAGCCCCGGGAGCCCCAACCCGCUCACCCAAACCCAGGCCUGCCCAGACCACUUCUAUCCCCUGGCCCUGCUGGAGGAUCUGAAGGUGUGUGUCAGUAGCGACCGAGAGCUGGGCGCGGCACAGGCCGUCCCCUUCGGAGGGUUCUUUAGCUGCCAACAGGGUAACCCUCUGGCCGGAGUCCUGAAGGGUCAGAGCCCAGGUUUCCUGCAGGAGAUGUUUUACCAGGACAGCGCCACUGACCAUCCCAUGAAGUGCCCAGCAGGUUACAACCAGCACCAGGCGUUCGUCAGUGACGGCUGCCAGAUCCUCUACUGCCUCAAGGCAGGCGCCUUGCUGGAGCAGCAGCCCCUGGCCUUGCGGCUACCUCCCUUCCUUCCCCACCCUGCCCUCCUCCGGAGCAAUAGAACCCACAGCUUCUCACAGCCAGACAGGGUCGUGGCCCACCGGAGCUCAGAGCCCAGCAGCUGGGUCAUUGCCACCACCUUACUGGCCGCGGUGGUGGCUGUCCUGGGAAUAAGCUUUGGCCUCUGGAGAUGCUACAGGAGUCGGGUCUGGAGGAAACACCAGGGCUAUGAGGGAAUAGUUGAAAACGCAGAUCCUGUGCCUGAAGGUACAAGGUGA